ACCAUAUUCUGUGUCUAAUAGUUGAUGCCUUUCCAAGGUAUAAAUAUACACAGGAAGAGUGCAGCCGCGCUAUAACGUCCUGACGGACUCGGAGUUGCGUUGAGUCCGCCAUUCUGGUACUCCGUGCUGAUUGAGAGCUCGAGGAGCCAGAUGGGAUGGAACCAUCGCCAGCUGCACACGCGCUGGUGCUCACGCGAGAGUUGCCUGUCGGUUCGGAAGUUUGGUGGCGAGAUGAAUGGGGAGAUCAGACGAUGCGGGAGCGCAGUAAUUGAAGACGUUGAAGUCGGUUACCUCAGAAUCGGCUGGAAAGGAAGAUCCGCGGACGAGGGCUACAUCCCCAUUUUGGCGGGAUAUCGACAAUGCGGGUUGAGCAAAGAAGAUAUGCGAGACACAGAAUACCCACACCGGAUUCAGCUGCAGAGAGAACCACCCAACGGAACAAUACAAUUGGUCGUAUUGUUCGGUGGCAAGGGCGGGCAUAUGCAAGUUGAUCUCAAGGCUCUGACCAUCGAGGGCAUCGGAACAAUGGGAGCUUACCUCUAUCCCAGGAAUACUAAAAGCAAAGGCACCCAGAGUGGGAAUGCAUGGGCCGCCGUCAUCGCCAUCGAGAGGAGUAUUGCAGGGGGAGGGAACACUCAGGAAGUCAGCAACAAGGAAUCCUCAAGGCGAACACGUCCUGAUUUUUCGGAUGUCCAGUGGAAGAAACAACCCAUUCAAGCGGCAUGCCACGCGCCACGCGCCACAACGCAGCCCAGGAUCGUGGCUUGGGAGCGCACACGCGAUAUCCGGCCGGUAGAUCUCCCAUGGAUAGUCAAGUCAAGGACCACGCUGGCAUUUUUCCAUGAGCAUAAUGAACAUUUCGGACAACGCCAGAGAGUCAGAGUGAGUAGUGAUAUAGCCGGACGGUAUGGCGGUAACAUCGCACUAUGGAUUUCCAAUUCCUACGAUGGACGACAGAUGCUGUACAGAUGUCUGAUAGGCUAUAUUGGAAGUGUUUAUGGGAAUGACUCAAGGGGAGGUGUGGUUGAGAAUUGUCGGAUCAUCGGGCUAAUUCGACGUUUCGGACUAAAGUGCGGAGACGCAAGCCCGGAUAUGAACUUUUAUGCGGUAUGGGCCGCUGGAGUUAGCACAGUGAGCAGCAACACUACAUACAUAGGCAAUGGCUGCAAGAACCAUCCUCACGGCGGAGGCCACGGAGGCAAGGAAGCACUUGAAGCCAUAUGGAGCAAUGGGUUCCAUGAGGUAACAGAUCAUUGGUGGUGCAAGUGGUUCAAGUCCGUAUCGGGUGGUGUGCAGCUGAGCAAAGAAGAGGAACAUGCAGGCCACAGUGCAUGCAUGGCCGUUCCGGGUUUCAUCGAUCAUGGAUGUUCAGCAGUGAACAAGACAUUUCGCAACAGGAAUCAAAGGGAUGAUAAAUAUCAGUUUCAUGCGUGA